UAAACAUGGCGCCUGACUUCAGGUGGAGUUGUAUAGUGCUCCUUAUGUGCACGUAUUUGCUUUGUAUAUUAGCAACUGAAAGCAAAGAUAAGCCCAAAAAGAAGAAGGAUAUCCGAGACUACAAUGACGCAGACAUGGCCCGGCUCCUGGAGCAAUGGGAGGAGGAUGAUGACAUCGAGGAAGGUGACCUCCCAGAGCACAGAAGGUCUCCUCCUCCCAUUGAUUUUGCCAAGGUUGACCCCUCCAAGCCAGAGGAGCUGCUCAAGAUGUCCAAAAAGGGAAAGACUCUGAUGGUUUUUGCUACAGUGUCAGGGGAUCCCACUGAGAAAGAGACGGAGGAGAUCACAGGCCUGUGGCAGGGCAGCCUCUUCAACGCCAACUUUGAUAUUCAGAGGUUCGUGGUGGGCUCCAACAGGGUGAUCUUCAUGCUGCGGGACGGCAGUAUGGCCUGGGAGGUGAAAGACUUCCUGGUGGCCCAGGAGCGCUGUGCAGACGUCACUGUGGAGGGACAGGUGUUCCCGGGAAAGGCUGCCAAGAAGGACGAUGCCAAACACAAGCAGCAGAAUGAAGUCAACACCAAGAAGAAGAGCAAGAAGAAGACUGAAGGCAAGAAACCAGACCUGGAGGGAAACAGUGCCAGCCAUCUGAAACAGGAGCUGUGAUGGGAUAACUCAGAGCCAAAUGACCAAUCACAGGUCUCCUCUCUCCUGGCCUUAGACAUGCUUAUUCUCCCAGCCAUCUGUCAGCAUUAAAGUGGUUAAAGGGGUGCAGGACCACAUGAUGAUGCAGUGUCAAUGGUAUAAGUAAAGCAAGAAGUCCUGUUGGGCACAUUGAGCUGAUGUCAUACCUCAGAUGUAUUGUCUUUCCUCUGCCUCAUUAGAAAAUGACAAUGACAGUGACAAGAACAUUUCUUAAGUCGUCCUUUUUCGUCACAGUUGUAACAAGCCAACAUGGUCUCACAGGAAUCCGUGAAUUAGCCAAAGAUUUGCUUAACUCAAAAUCCGUGGAAUAGCCACGGAAUCACUCAAAUUUCCAUGAAACUGACACGGAUUUCACUACAAUGCAAGUUAAUGACAGUCAUAUCCUGUGGCUAUUCCAACAUACAAAGUGAUUAUGUACAUUCACUGAGUGAAUAUUUAGAAAAUAAAACUUAUAUUUCUCUCGCUAGAAAUGUGAUCAAAAUCCAUUUUUAUGCCGGAACUAAGUCAAAAUAUUGAUUUUUUUCACUAAAAAUGAGAUGUGUUACCAUGUUUUUUGUUCUGACCGCCGGGACCUUGAAAGUCACGCGACUUGGAACAAACCAAUAGGAACAAAUAUCCAUGGAAUAGCCACGGGAUAUGACUGUCAUUAACUUGCAUUGUAGCAAAAUCCGUGUCAGUUUCACGGAAAUUUGAGUGAUUCCGUGGCUAUUCCACAGAUUUUGAGUUAAGCGAAUCCGUGGCUAUUUCACGGAUUCCUGUGAGACCAGGUUCAGCAAGCUGUUUAAGAUCAGCUGUAAAAUGAGUGCUGUUGGGUUUCUUCAGUUAUUUUGUUAGAUUAUCACCAAGUGAAAACCAAUGUAUGGAGAUAUUAUUUGAAAGGUACUCAUGUGAGCAUUAAUACGCUUUUCAAUUUUUAUGUUAGGUACAGGAAGUAUGUUUUUUUUUUGUUUAGUUUUUCAGUGUAGACAUGGAUUCAUUCAUCACACCCUGAGAUCUAAGUAUGUUAUGUUCUUUAUUCACACCUGGCACCCCGCAAGAUUUGAUUUAGGGAAAAAAAAGCAGCACACAAAUUUUGUGUUUGAUUUUUCACUGAUUAUGAAAAUAAAUGUUUUAUACAAUCAUA